AGCUAAGGUCUCAAUUUAAGUGUCACAUGUGGCUUUGCCCCACAAGGGACUACUAUAUCUGCUCACUCUGACGUAUGUAAGUGAGUUUCUUAUUGUUUAACACCCCUUAUCUCAUCUACAUUCACACACCCUAUGUAUGUUGUUCAUAGUUUCAGAUCAUAGUAUUAUUGCAUAGAUAUCUUUCAUAUCUUAGACAUGGAACAUAUCAUUAGAUUACGUUGGUCAUCCUUGUUUAUUAUUGUGACUUUGUUUAAUGGGUGGAUUAUCUGUUGCUGCUCGGCGGCUGCUUCUGAUGCAACCCAAGCAUAUGUUUAUGCUCUUUGCCCUGACAUGACCACAGUUGGUUCUAAUAGCAGAUAUCAUAACAACACUGAUAGAGUUCUUUCUUACCUUGCUACGAACACUAGCCGUGCCAACCGGUUUUACAACACGAGUGUUGGUAGUGGACGCGAUAAGGUUUAUGGCCUGUUUUUCUGUCGUCUUGAUGUUAAUGAUGCCGCCUGUAAGAAGUGUGUUUCCUUGGCUAGGGAUGCAAUAGGUGUUCGGUGUCCAGGAAAGAAAGAGUCAACAGUAUGGUAUUAUGAUCAAUGUGUGGUUCAUUACUCUGAUAAGUCUUUUCUUGGUACUAUGCGUGAUGCUCCUAUGAUUCCUAUGUGGAACAGACAGAAUUCUCAUGAUAUUUGGAAUGUUACGAAUAAUAUGGAUGCUUUUACGAAAGUUUUGCUUGAUACUAUGUGGAAAGCUACGAUCAAUGCAACGGAUGGUCGAAUAGACAGAAAGUUUGCAACAAAAGAAGCUAGAUUUGUUGGUAACCUGUCAAAUUUGAACACUCUUUAUACACUGGUUGAAUGCACACCUGAUAUAUCUCUGAAAGAUUGUCGACGUUGUCUUCAAAUGGUUAUUGGAAAUACUUCAGAGCUCUGCAACGUUAAGGCUGGUUGCACUUUGAUGUGUCCAAAUUGUAAUAUGAGAUAUGACAUAUACCCUUUUUAUGGAGAUGAUGCAAAUUCAACAGAGCCUUUAUUUGCUCCCAUCAAAGGAAAGCCUGCAAAAGCUACAAGAAAGCAGAAGGCAAUACUGAUAAGCACUAUCACAGCAGCAGUUUUAGCAUUGAUAAUUUUCUUUGGAGUUCUGUUUUAUGUAUGCAGGAGGAAGUCCAAGAAGGAACUUGCAGGGUUCAAUGAUAUUGAAGUGGAAUCCUUGAAAUUCGACUUGAGCACAAUAAGAACUGCAACCAAUAGUUUUUCAGAUGAUAGAAAACUUGGAGAAGGUGGAUUUGGUGAAGUGUUCAGGGGUAAGCUUGACAAUGGAGAAGAAGUGGCAGUAAAGCGGCUGUCAAAGUUCUCCAGACAAGGCAUUUCGGAGUUUAAGACAGAACUGCUUCUAGUUGCAGAGCUCCAACACCGAAAUCUCGUGAAACUCCUUGGAUAUAGCCUUGCUACAGAGGAGACAUUACUUGUGUACGAGUACUUGCCAAAUUCAAGUCUUGACCGAUUCUUAACUGACCCAAAAAAAUCUGCAUCUUUGGAUUGGAAAACAAGGUUUAAGAUUAUAUCAGGCAUUGCAAGGGGGUUACUCUAUCUUCAUGAAGAUUCCCGGCUCAAGAUCAUACAUCGGGACCUUAAAGCUAGUAAUGUACUAUUAGACGAAGAUAUGAAUCCAAAAAUUUCAGACUUUGGUAUGGCAAGACUUUUUAAGGCAGAUGAAACCCAGAGAAACACUAGUAGAAUUGCAGGAACUUUCGGAUAUAUGGCACCAGAAUAUGUAAUUGCUGGUCACUAUUCAGCAAAAUCAGAUGUAUACAGUUUCGGGAUCUUAGUUUUGGAGAUAGUUAGUGGUCAGUUGAACAAUUUCUUCAGACUUAACGGAAAUGAAGAGUCUCUACUUGAUCGUGCAUGGAAGCUUUGGGAUGAGGGGUCUGCAAUGAAAUUGGUAGACUCGAGAAUGGGAGAUGAUAUAUCAUUGGAAGAAGCAGAAAAAUGCAUCCACAUUGGGUUAUUGUGCAUCCAAGAAGAUGCCUCUAGAAGACCAAGAAUGGCUACAAUAGUAGCUGCGUUUAAUGGUGAUUCUGUCAUUCUACCACGACCUACGGCGCCUCAUUUCUUCGCAGCAGGUGCUUAUUCGGAAAUUGAUGAUUACUCUGGGAUAGAUCUCUCUGCCUCAGCGUUUACAGCAACAUCCAGCACAACAGAGAUGGACCCUAGGUAAUGGUUAGUUUACAGUGGUAUACUCCAUACAGAAGACAUAAAUGUUAAAAAUUGUAGUUUAAAUGUUGAGAGAAAAUUGUGUAGAACUUGGAGCAUGCAAAAAAGAUAGCAUAGAUCCGUUUAUGUCGUACUUUACCAAAGUAGAAAGGUGAUAAAGUCUUGUAUGAGACGGUCUCACAAAAAUUUAUUGUGAGAUUGAGGUGACUUUAUCUUUCUUUUUGGUAAAUUUUGACUAUUUCACCUAGUUUUUAUAGUAAUCACCAAAAUGCAAGAGGUUGUUAUUAAUGCUUUGUUUGAGACGAUCUCUCAAAACUUAUUGUGAGACAAUUAAGGUAACAUUAUUACUCUCUUUGCUAAAAAAUUUUGAUGUCUCACAAUAAGUUUGUGUGAGAUCGUCUCGCCCACAACUUAUAAGAAUACUUAGAAAAAGGUUAAUUAGAUUGUCAAAAAUUUGUACUAAUGUGUUUAUUUAUUUAUUUAUUUAUGAACGUAAAGAGAAGAUUACAUUAGUAAUUACGAGUAGUUAUUAGUCUUUUUACCCCUCA